GACAGACGCAUCGGAUUUCGAAACGGUCCCAACUGAUACAGGACACGUGGCGCCUGUGCAAGGAUCGAUGACGUCAGGAAUGCCCGCGCGCCACCAAUUAAUGGGGGCCGCGGCCCCUGCUCUCCUGGCCGAGAAGCUCUGGCGGAGGAGAGGAGCCGAGAAAUCUUGGAAUCGUGAUCGAUCGGUCGGUAGAUCGAUCUUUUUCGCCGGAGCAGAGAGCUGGUCAAUUGGAACGGGAAACGGGGGAAUUAGCCCCGAAACGGCGGAUAUGGAGUGGUGGGACAAGAUGAUGCUCCCCAUGCAAAGAGUGUGGGGUGGCGUCGCUAAGCGUCUCGGAAUUCGCAAAAGCGGGCUGUUGAAGCUCCGCCAGGAUGUGAGGACUUGUGAGUAUGAAGAUGUGCGAGUGAUGUGGGAGAUGCUGAAGAGAAACGAAACAGAACUUACUCACUCCCCUGCUAAAAGAAAGAAGAGACCCUUUUGGAACAUCUUUGAGUGGGCCAAGCGUGCACCGUAUCUCUGUCACAGCUUUUGAUCCCAUCAUGUAUGGCGCAUCUUAGUAUGCAAACUCUGUUAAACAUUACUAUAAAUUUGGAUUUUGACCCAAUAAAAUAAAUGAAAAUGGAGGGGUUCGUAUGUGAAUGAACAUUCAUAUGAUGUUUCUGUGUGUGAGCCGUCAGUCAAUCUGUAGAUAUUAGCUAAUGUAGCUCCCAUUGAAAUGGAUGUGAUCCAUCUUUUCUCCUA